CUAGCCAACAUCUCAAGGUGUAAUUUAUCUCAGAUAAAUUUCUCUCCCUCGUUCUGCAAUCUUAAUUUCUCGAAGAUAUCGAGAUAUCGAUAUAAUCUUGAGCUUCAAGAGAUCUUCACUUUUAAGUUUGAUAAAUAUGUAACCGUUGAAAUCAAGCAAAUAAGCUGUUUUUAUUUCGACCAUUAAGAAAAAAUGGCAGAUUUAAAGCAAGAUGAUACAAAUUUCAAAAAACAAACGAAUAUGCUUUCAUUGCAUCCUAAUGAAAAAAUAGAUUUAGAUAAACACAGUGAAACGUCAAAUGAAGGUGACUUCGACGACAUAUUUAAAUCAAAUCGUUUGCUUGGUUACACGGAUGCAAUAAUGGCCACGAGCGCAACUUUUCUCGUGGUACCAAUUAAAGAUUUAAAAUCUACAGAUGCUAAAACAUUUUCUGAUUACCUUAUUGAAAUGCGCACUGAGUUUAUCAUGUUUUUUCUUGGUUUUACUAUUGUGUUAACCAUUUGGGAAAACAUGAACGUACGAUCAAUUUUUGUUAAGCGAGUUGACGACUUUAUUCUGACAUUAGUUAUAUUAGAAAUGUUAGCUACAAUAAUUCUUCCGUUUGCAAUAUAUCUUCAAGGAAGUUGCCCGAAUGACUAUGUUCCAAUUGUGUUAACAUGUUGUGGGUUAGGGUUCAUUCAAAUUUUAGACAUGUCUAUUCUGUUUUACGCUACAGAAAACCCUAAGCUUCUUCACAUUCAAAUGCAAAAAUGGUCCAAAAAAGAACUUCGCAAAUUUCGUGAUAUAGUUCUUGUCAGACCGGUAUUGUGCCUAAUUCUUGUCGUACUUGGCGGUUUAUUUUUUUUGGUACACUACGCUAUUUCCUGGGUGUUUAUUGCCAUUCUAACUGUUAUGCCUGUACUUCGUAGCUUAUUUUUAUAUAUUCGAAGACGUAAGGAAACCCCAAAUAGUAUAAAAAAGUAUCAAUUUUAUUUCUAUUUUUCUAAAAAAAACAUUCAAAAGGAGCGUAUAGAGGUAAUGAGUGACGCAGCAUUUGCAAUUAUUGUAAGUCUUCUGAUACUCGAUAUCACAACACAUUUUUCUCAAGAGGUCCAAAAAACGGGAUUCAAUUUAAACCACGAACUUAAAAUCAGUCUUCAAGAGUUUUAUACGUUUCUUGCAACCUUUGGUAUUGUUUCAACUUUAUGGUAUGUUAACCACUGCGUUUUGCAUCUGUUUCGCACUGUUCCAGUAAUAGCGCUUUAUAUACAGAAAUUUUUUUUGGCAUUUUGUUGUUUAUGUCCUCUUGCCGCAAAUAUGAUUCUACAAUUUGGUAUUAAAGGAGACCACAAAUCGUCAAGUAGCAUUCAUUACGCAAGUUUAAUAGUUUUUUGUGCCAGCAUGGGAAACUUUUUUCUCUUUUUAUAUGGUUUCUUGACAAAAGAUAAAUAUUUUUAUCAAUGGGCAACAUUUGGCCGCACCUUUCAAACAAUGUCACAACAAAAUAAGUAUAUAAUAUUUAAAGUUUUAAAUGUUCCUUUUUGGUCACUUCUAUGUGCUCUUUGUAGCUUAAGCCCACAAAAUAUUGCGCUCUAUAUUUUAUGCGGGUGCUUUCUUGCUACACCAACAAGCUUUUUUGUUGCUAAACUGGUUUUCAUGCACCGCGUGGCAAAAAGUUUAAGUUCAAAAGAAUCUUCUUUAAAGCAAGGUAAUAAUACCAAACAAUUUUCCGAAUCGUUUGAAAAAGACAACGAAGAUGAAUUAAAAAACAAUGUUUCGUUUAAGUUACAAAAUGCGCACGAAAAUGAGAUAUCAUUGGACGAUGAAAAUUUUGACCCAUAGACGUUGGUCUGAAAUAAUUUUCAUUUUUUUAUCUCAUUUUUUAAAUUAUUUUCUUCAAAUUAUUAUUUUUUAUUAUGAUUUUUUUUUACAAUGUUUCGUUUAUUUUUAAAUUUUUUUUUUAGUUUUGUAUAUUAAUCCUUAAUUUUUAUUGUCACCUUAAUUUUGUCUGUAUUUAAGGAUCGUUCAUAAAUUACGCUACGCUAAA